AUGUGGAGAAAACGUAAAGCAGACAUCAAUGAACUUCUCCAGUCUGACGAUAACAACGCGGUGACAAUUGACAACGCAGUGACGACAAAUGACAGAGAGGAAACAAUCAAUGAUGAUGGUGGAAGCAAUGCUGAUGAACACAGCACCAGUGUUACCACUGAUGGUACAGACUUUGACACAGACACCGGAAUGUGUGACUCUGAUGUGGAGAUUUUGAAUCCCGAACCAGAGGUCGAAGUUAGAAACCUAGGCGAUGACUUGCAAGAAACAUGCACCAGCCAUGCUGAACAAUUAGAAGAUGAAGAUGAAGACGGAGAGGUUGUAGUGCAAAAGAGAAAAUCUAAAACUUUUGAAGAUUUUGUUGAAGGAUCAGACCUGUGUGAGGCGUCUGCUGAGGGGGAGGAUAAAGAGGAGUGGAAAGGAGAUGCCAGUCCUAUAAUUCCAGUCUUUCCCACCCCACCAAUCAAAAUUUCAAAAAAUGUGGGCCGUGACAGAUCAAAUAGUGGUUCACCCAGGUCUGCGGGCAGCGACAGGUCAACCAGUGGUUCACCCAGGUCUGCGGGCCGCGACAGGUCAACCAGUGGUUCACCCAGGUCUGCGGGCCGCGACAGGUCAACCAGUGGUUCACCCAGGUCUGCGGGCCGCAACAGGUCAACCAGUGGUUCGUCCAGGUCUAGGUCCGUGGGCCGGGACAGUUCAAGUGGUCGUGUACCCAGGUCCCAAGCCAUGGAGAGCAGGUCCUUAGAUGGUCUUUCGCAUGCAAGGCCCAUUUACAAUAGGGCUGUGCCAACCACAUUCCCCCUGUCAGAAGCGAAAUUCCAGAAAAUAGUGGUAACAAAGCUGGUGACUCUCACUGAUGAGGUCAAAAAACUCCAGAGGACCUUACCUAACUCUGGGAUUGAUAUAAGCAAGAUCGACACCUUGGAAGAGUUCGAGAGGGAGGAGGCUUCUUUUCUGGAGAAAAACAAAUUUGAAACCUUGUACACAUCUGCAGCGUAG